AGCUGCGCGUGCAAGCGCACGUAAUCAUUGAGGUGCUGUGUGUUUUUGCUUCGGCCUUGAGUUUUUUUUUACCUAUCUUGCCAAGUAACAAGGAGCUCGUUGCGGUAGCUGCUGUUUUCUGUCUGCGCCCCCAGUGCCUGACCUGGUUAGUAAGGAGACAUGGGUUGCUUUUUCUCCAAGAAAGCAAAGAGGAAGAGGAACAGCGAAGAGGAGCAGCCCCAGCAAGAUGGGGAAGAGCCCAAGCAGUAUAGUUGGGAUAAGAGGGAGAAGGUUGACCCAAAGGAUUAUAUGUUUACUGGACUAAAGGACCAAACUGUAGGCAAGCUGCCAGAUAAAGUUGCAGGUCAACAAUUUGUUAUCCAGGAGUGUGAAAACUGCAACAUCUACAUCUUUGACCAUUCUGCGACCAUCACUAUUGAUGAUUGUACUAACUGUCGCAUUUUCCUAGGGCCUGUAAAGGGCAGUGUGUUUUUCCGUGACUGUAAAGACUGCAAAUGUGUGGUGGCCUGCCAACAAUUCCGCACUAGGGACUGCAGGAGAAUGGAUGUGUUCCUUUGCUGCUCCACCCAGCCUAUUAUAGAGUCCUCUACAAGCAUGAAGUUUGGAUGCUUUCAGUACUAUUACCCAGAGCUGGCAUUGCAGUUCAAGGAAGCUGGAUUGAGCAUUCUCAACAAUACGUGGAGCAACAUCCAUGACUUUACACCAGUAGCUGGAGAAACAAACUGGUCCCUUCUCCCACCUGAUGCUGUAAUCCAGGAUUUUAUACCCCUGCCUGAUUCAGACGAGCUGAAAUGUGUUCGGGUUUCUGCAGAUGUUCAUAAGAGCAUAAUACCUGUGACUUGGGGCCAGCGGCUGAAGAAAAGUGAUGAAUCCUGCUUGGUAGUUUUCUUUGCGGGAGAUUACACCACAGCAAAUGCUAGAAAAAUGAUUGAUGAGAUGGUUGGCAAAGGGUUAUCUCUUAUCCAGACUAAGGAAGUUGCAAUGAAAAUAGAAGAUGCCAAAAGAGUAUUUCAGGACAAUAUCACAGAUUUAAUCUGUCUGUUGGAGAAAGGUCCUGUAGUUGCACUGGAAUUUAAUGGAGAAGGAGCAGUAGACAGCUGUCAGACAGUAAUCAACAACACCUUCAGUGGCACAAAGGUGUUUGUAUCAGAGAGUAAGGAAUCUGCUUCUCGUGAUGUGGACAACUUCUACAACUUUGCCGACAUGCAGAUGGGAAUGUAAUAUAUUUGUGCAAUCUCUUUCAGCCUUUGUUCCUCAUGUUUACAUACAGCAAACCUCUAUUUCCAGAACUGCUUCCUGAAUGCUGAUAUUUCCUCUACUAAAAAUAUCCUGCAUAAGGAAAUACUAUAGAAUCCCAAGUCAUUCAUGUGAAAGAGAGAUGUAAACAAGGGUUUACAAGGGUAUUUGAAGCAGUCUAUUGAAAAUAGCAUUCCUGGUGCUGUAUAAAUAAAUGAUCAUGAUGACAUUGUUUUCUAAGCAGACAUCUCUGUGUUUUAAAUGUGAGUUAAAUGUUGCUUAUUUACACUUUGUCCUUUAUUUGACUCGGGGAAGUGGGGCAGUUUUUCUGUUCUAUUUCCCCCACACCACAAAAUGGUUUGUUCUGCGUAAACUAUCUCUCCAUACUCGCAAUCUUGAAUAAGCCCUGUGUGUUGCCAGCAGUGCAUAUGUGUAAAUGUGAACAAGUAGAAUGUUUGUUUACAGUCUUUUUUUGUUGUUUUGUGAAUUAAAUAAUUGUUGUACAACCAACAUUUUAACAGGUAUGUACAAUUGUUUAAAAAAAAA